AUGAAAAUCUUCGAACGCAUUACGUAUCCCGAGAUGAGAUCAUGCACGGGUGAAACCCCGUUAUCACUUACCAGGUUUGAAUUCAAGUUGCCAAUGCAGAGACGUGCUGGUGAUUAUGCUGGUUUGGUUCACGACAUUCGUGGUGACAUUGACCCUAGCGGACGCACUGAUUUGCUCAAAAUUCUGGAUCGUGCCAAGAUCAGAAAGCAAAUUACGUCUUUUGAUGCGAAAAGCAAUUUUAUUGGGAAUGCAGUCCUUCAGAUUGAUUCGUGUUCAGUAGCGGUCCGAUCAAUUUUUGAUAAUGAACUGCUGCUUCAUGUACCAAUUCACUUAAUUGCAUCUGUUGGUUUUGUUCGUGAAGCGCAUGAAUACAUUCUUCCUAUAAAGGUGGGAUACAGCAGCACUCGAAACCGUGACUUCUUUGACCUUGCUGUCGUAUACUGUGAAACCGCUGGUGUAGCGGAAACAAUUUGCAACAUCUUGGGACAAUUUUUCUCUCAAGUUUAUAAGGAUAUCGCCAGUAAUUUUGAAACGAUUGUGUCAAAAAAAACGCCUACUAUCUCGUCAGUUUCACCUUUCAAUAAUCACCGCCCUUUAUUCUUGACAGAAUCACAUCAAGAUUUGCGUGUCAGCAGUAGUCGUCAUCCUUGUUCUACAACUGCUUCACGUAGUGAAUCCACAGAAGUACAAAUUGAUGAUAUCAUAGAAGAUUAUAUGACUGUGCUGACAAAGUCUCUAACAACUAGCGAGCUUUCGCAAUAUGCAGCAUUGAUUGUGAGGUUUCGGAACGGCUCUAUGCCCAUUAUAGAACUAGCACAGAAGUCGAGUGAGUUGUAUGGACCAGAUAGAUUGCAUUUGCUUACAGGCCAUUCCUUUCAGUAUACUCCUCCUGGUCGACGAAUCGGAUUUUCGUGA